UGUCCACGAGGUUGCUCGCACGGUCUUGCCGCCUUCCUCACGUACUCACCCCUUUCUCUCUUCUACUUGGCUCACCACGUUUAGUGCAUUAUCAGAGACCCGUACCACGGGGUGAACUGAGCCACUGGUUGACGUGCUCGUCGGGUAUUGUCAGUCGUCGUGAGGUUAGGUCAGAGUGAUCGUCGUGGCGGGAUUACACGGCUCGUUUGAAUUUGAAUUCUGUCGUUCCGUAUCGUCGUGUUAUUUGUUAUCCAAAUGAUUGUAAACGUGUCUUAACACGAUCAACAAGCUUCGAACGAAACGUUUCAACGAUUAUCAGAUGAGUUUAUCGCGUAACGUAAACUGAACGCGCGAACGUCAAACCGCGUGACAGCCGCCGCAUUGAGGUUAGGUUGUUCCUCGCCUACCAACGCGCCUUUUUCGAACGGAUUCCUCGUGACGUUUACUUACCGAGCAUCGAUUUAUGCGGAUGUUAGUGCGAACUGUUGGUGAUAACGACGCGUUUCUCGAGUGACGGAUCAAGGGACAAUGAGAAUUGUGGAAAUAGAGUGAAUGUUUUCGAACGGACGUAUUUCGUGCAGUGACUUCUUUGGUGCACAACAAAAUAUGGAUAAUUCUGCAUAUGUGCCGAAUCAUCUACCGCCGCCGUCCCUGGUCGUAUUUUCACAGGCCGGGGGGCUGCCGGAGGCUCUGAGAAUGCAAAGACCCUUCAAUCCACAAGUGACAGACUCGAAGGAUCUGCAGGUGCCAUUCAGCACAGCGGCAUCUUUGGGUUACGGUUUACAUCAUAUGCUUCAUUUACCACCACAAUUCUUGCACCCCUUGGAUCACCGUUUACCGUUCGGAGGGUUCAGGCCGCUCGGGCCAUCGGCCUUUGCUCCACCCAGCAAGUGUCUGAAGGUGGAAACCGGAAACGGGCCGGUGUCUGGGUCCGGAUUGCCGAGCAUCAGCUCCCUUUCCAGCAUGUCGAACAUGUUCUCGCCCUCCUCGUUGUCUUCUGCCAGCGGAGGCGGUGUCGUGUCCGUUUCCGGAGCAUCAGCCAGCAUCGGAGGCGUUGGAGGAGGCGCGGGGAACACCGCUGGGGGACAAGAGGUAGCACCUCAGAGCCCGGCUGGUUCAACCAGCCGAUCGCCCACGGGCACGGUAACCGGAACAGGAACCGGAUCGCUUCCCAAUCGUGGCGCGACUCCCGAGGACGAGGAUCGUGACACGAACGCUACCCCCGGAUCGGAGAACACCGAACGCUCCACACCUGAAGAAGGACGGCCGUACAGACUGGGGCCUGUGUUCGGGGGCCGAUGCGGCGCGGAGGCGCUCGGGCUGGGGUUAGGGCUGUCGCUGGGCCCAGCCUACAGGUUCGCUCUGCCCCCGGGACUCGCUGCCAAGACCACCCGCUGCCUUGUAUUCGACCAAGGUAAAAAGAAGUUCCCUUCGGAUCCAUCUUGCUGUCCAGCAUGUGGGGUCACUGUAAGGCCGCAAGAAUUGGAGCAACACUUUGCCCAGGAACUGGAUCGACUUUACAAAAUAUCCUCAGCGUCGUCACGAGCGCGAGCGUCAAGGUCGAAUUUACCUCCAGGGCAUCCUCAGGAUCAUCCCCAUGGACCUAUGCUUCACGCGCCAUCCGCAGCUGAUGGCACGCCUCAUGGACGAUGGGAGACUUACAAGAGGAUUAAGGCUAAUAGACAGGCUAGAAUCCGUGUAAAGAAUAGGAAAAGAAAAGCAGACGAGCCUUCGUGUCCAGUUUGUAGUGAAAGACUAGCCGGUAGCCCAGAAGAGUUGAAUCAACAUGUCGAAAGGUGUCUGAAGAAACAUAACGGCAAUCCAACGAGCCAAAAUAAUUUAGAUGAAGAAGAAGUAGAUGUAGAAGGCGAUGCUGAAACUUUUGAAGAAUACGAAUGGGCCGGACAAAGACGAGUGCGAGCAACCUCGAUGCUUGUCGGUGGAUUUUCUGCCGUAGGUUUAGCGACGUCAAGCAACCGUUCCGCCGGCGGAAAUGGCGGAUCGAAUCAACAGGAGGACGAAGACGUGGACCUGGUGGUCGACGGAGACGACGUAGCCGAAUUUGGACCAGCGCAAUAUUCUGAGGCCGACGUUAUUACACCACGUAUGGAGGGAACGCCUAGAGAGCAGAAGGAAAGAGAUGCUCUUCGAGAAGCAGUGAUUUCCCCGAAUGCGCCAAAUACCCCACACACGCCCCACUCAUCGCACACACCCGAUCAAAUUGGACAAAAUUUGGUCGAAGUGAAGCCUGAACCAGGAACGAACACUUCUUUGAGUCAAAACGAGCAGGAAGAAGGUGUCUCCUCUUCACCGAAGAGGGAUGGUGAUACACCGGUGAUUGAGGCCCUUAAGGGUCGAAUUCGGGAACUGGAGGCUGAAAUGCGCAGCCAACCAUUCAAGUGUCUUAUCUGUAUGGAGCAAUAUAAAAAGCCAGUGACCUCUGUCUGCUGCUGGCAUGUGCAUUGUGAGCAAUGCUGGUUACACACACUGGGUGCGAAAAAGCUGUGUCCACAGUGCAACAUGAUAACGUCACCUUCAGACUUACGACGUAUCUACAUGUGAACGGAAUCGUGUGCCAAACGAGAGGUCAUCGAUUGCUCGGAAUUACCGGUGAAGAAAAUCGGUCUCUGUAAAAUCGUUCUAGAUAUUCGAGCCGUGUAAAUAUCUGUACAUAAUUAUGCGUCCCGCUAAACUUAACAAACCUCCUUUAGAUUGACCAUGUUACGCACUGUAGCGUUAGUAGAUUAAACCGUGAAAGGUGCGCGUGAAUGGUAUCCCGAUCGAACAAACGGAUCACUUUGUCUUCGUUAAUUAAUUAAAUCUCUAUCUUGUAAUUAUGUUACCGUUAAUAUUUAUCUACUUAUCUGUCCCCAUCGUUCAUAAAUGGUACUAUGAAUUCAACCACGAAAUAAGUUUAUAAUAAUUUUUUAUUAUAUUCGUGUCUUUUUGUAUGUUUUUUCGAGAAAUUAACACAUUUUCUACCUGGACUAAAUUGAGAAUUUGUCCAUCAUAAAUCAUUUCUUUUUUAUAAAAUAAAGCAAUUCGUUGGUUCAGUAUCGAGAAUAAUAGAUUUCUUCAGGGAAAAUAGUGGUUGAGUGGAAGGAGACCUUAUCAGUAUUAUGUCUUGUUCAAAUAAUAUAUUAAUAAUUAAAUUUUUUGUAAAUACAUAAAAUCUUAAUUUUACAAAUAUUAGAUAACAUUUAUUUUAUAUUA